AUGCAGGCCUCCAACAGCUGCGCCGUGCGGGGCAGCCCCCUAGCGUGCAGGGCGCCCCAGCCGGUGCGGGCGGGGCGGCGCAGCGUGCAGGUCACAGCCAAGAAGGUUGCCGACGGUCCCAAAGUGGCCAUCGUGGGCGUGACCGGCGCCGUGGGCCAGGAGUUCCUGCGCGUCCUGCACGAGCGCGACUUCCCCUACUCCGACCUCAAGCUGCUCGCCUCGGCGCGGUCGGCGGGCAGGAGCUACAGCUUUGAGGGGGUGGACUAUGUGGUGGAGGAGCUCAAGGAGGACAGGUGGGGGGUGGCCCGGCGGUUCAGCGUGGAGGUGCGGCAGGGGGACAUAGUUGUGGCGGCUACAGACGGCCUGUUUGACAAUGUGUACCCAGAUGAGGCGGCCUCCCUGGCGAUGUCGGGCAUGAAGUGGGGCAAGGGUGGCAUCAUCGCCAACCCCAACUGCUCAACAAUCAUCGCCCUCAUGGCCGUCACCCCGCUGCACCGCGCUGCCAAGGUGAAGCGCAUGGUUGUGAGCACCUACCAGGCGGCCAGCGGGGCGGGGCAGGCAGCGAUGGAGGAGCUGGAGCAACAGACGAGGGAGGCGUUGGAGGGCAAGCCCGUCACCACCAACAUCUUCCCCUUCCAGUACGCCUUCAACCUCUUCUCCCACAACUCACCCAUGACCGACAACGGGUACAACGAGGAGGAGAUGAAGCUGGAGGAGGCUCUGGCCGCGCUGGCCGCCUUCCCCGGCGUCUCCAUCAUCAACGACCGCGCCAACAACCGCUUCCCCACGCCGCUGGACGCCUCGAACCAGGAUGACGUGUAUGUGGGGCGGGUGCGCCGCGACGUCUCCCGCCCCGAUGCCAAGGGCCUCGACAUCUUUGUGUGCGGCGACCAGAUCAAGAAGGGCGCCGCGCUCAACGCGGUGCAGGUGGCCGAGCUGCUGCUGUGA